AUGUCUUUUGUUCAAAAAACAAGUCUCAAAAUCCACGGGAAAUUUCAAAUGGAAGUAAAACCUUAUAAAUGCUUCAGAAAAUCAUCCCUGCAGCGACAUCAGACAGUCCACACUGGGGAGCGACCUUAUGAAUGUCUGGAAUGUGGGAAAUGUUUUUCCAGGAAAUCAUCCCUGCGGGAACAUCAGAAAAUCCACACUGGGGAAAGACCCCAUGAAUGCCCAGAAUGUGAGAAACGAUUUGGGAGUCAUUCCACACUUUGGACACACCAAAAGACGCACACAAGAGAAAAACCUUAUAAAUGUAACGAUUGUGAGAAAUGUUUUUCUGUAAAGGGAAGUCUUUUUCGACAUCAGAUGAUCCACACAGGAGAGAAACCCUAUCAGUGCGUCGAGUGUGGGAAAUUUUUUUGUUUGAUAUCAAACCUCAGACAUCACGAGAAAAUUCACAGAGGGGAAAAAAAUUUCAAAUGUUUAGACUGUGGGAGAGCAUUUAUUUGUUCAUCUCAUCUUAGAAGUCACUGGAAAGUCCAUACAGCAGAGAAGCUCCAUAAAUGCUCAGUGUGUGAGAAAUCUUUCAUUCAGAAAGACAAGCUUUUGAUACAUCAGAGAACCCACAGUGGAGAGAAACCACAUAAAUGUUCGGAGUGUGGGAGAUGUUUCUCCAUGAGGUUACACCUAAUUCGACAUGAGAGACUUCACACCGGAGACAGGCCCUAUCAAUGCCCAGAAUGCGACAAGCGAUUUGUGGAGUCUGCUGAACUCCGGAGACACCAGAAGGGGCACACAGGAGAGAAGCCCUAUAAAUGUGGGCAGUGUGGGAAAGGUUUUCUCACAGCAACACUGUUUCGGGUUCAUAAGAGAAUCCACACAGGGGAGAAGGUCUCAAUAUCUGUUUUGUAA